AUGGACAACAAGAAGAACAAGAAGAACAAGAAGAACAAGAAGAACAAGAAGAACAAGAAGAACAAGAAGAACAAGAAGAACAAGAAGAACAAGAAGAACAAGAAGAACAAGAAGAACAAGAAGAACAAGAAGAACAAGAAGAACAAGAAGAACAAGAAGAACAAGAAGAACAAGAAGAACCAGAAGAACAACAAGAACAACAAGAACAAGAAGAACAAGAAGAACAACAAGAACAAGAAGAACAAGAAGAACAAGAAGAACAAGAAGAGCAAGAAGAACAAGAAGAGCAAGAAGAACAAGAAGAGCAAGAAGAACAAGAAGAUCAAAGAUAAAACGCCUUUACUCGUUAAUAAUAGAAAAAAAUUGAUACGGAAAAUAUUAGAAGAAUAUCGAAUAUUUCAAGUCAUAUUAUUGUCUAAUUCCCCCUAUUUAACCCUCACGGAUGCCCAGAUGAUGGGCAUUAAAUGUUUGCAAUUUAUCAUGAUGGAUUCGCAUCACCUGGUGCCAUCCAUUCACUACGCCCAUUAUAACUAA